AUGCUCGUGCACGUGUGCGCCUCGUGCGUGCGUGUUCCUGUAACAGGGGGUGAGUCUCGCCGGGGUCGCAGCGCGUUUCGAACGGAAUCAGGACCUGCGUUCCGGCCUUCCGCGGAUCAUCCUAGCCGUAAGGCCGGGCAACAUCAAAUCGGCAACCCAUUAGCAGCUGUUGCGGUGUUGCAAGUGGUUCACGGGUGUAGUCUGAAA